AUGUCCAAGAUAACAUCUAAAAACCUCCACUACGACGACACCCUCCCUCCAUUUCUCGCGCGCCUGCAUGCCAACAAUGACGCAGGAGACGGCAGACACGAGUACACCGUCGCGCGGCCAAAGAAAACGCGCACCGCCGAAGACGAGGCGGAGGACGAGCCGGUGUACUUCGACGAGGGGAGCGGGGAGACGCUGACGAAGAGUGAGUGGGAAGCUAGAGAAGCUGGAGAGGAUGUGGAAAGAUGUGUCGAGGGGAGUAUUGAAGCUGGGAAGAAGGGGGGUUUAGGGAAGGCUGAUAUUGGCAAGGAGAAGAUUGCUGGGAUCGGGGGAGGCAAGAAGAGGAAGGCGGGAAAGGUUGUGGGAGCGGAGGAUGAGGAUGAUGAGGAUGGGGAUGGGUAUGCGCCGGAGAAGUUCUACGCAGAGAAGAAAGAUGCCACAGCAAAGACUCCGAGUACAUCAACUAAGAAGACGGAGAAGGGUAAGCCGGGGAAGAAGGCGAAGAAGAUCAAAUUGAGCUUCGGUGAUGACGACUAA